GGAGCGAAAGGGGUAGGCCAGAGGAAUCACCAUCGGUAUCGUAAUGCAAAGACGGCGUUAUGGCACUACAAGGCUGGCGCUUUUUCGGUGUCUCGGCGACCAUCAUCAUCUACAUAGGCGGCGUCCUAUUCCUCUCCAUGAACAACAUACCCGGGUCGCAUCCGAAACGGCCGCGCAUCGAGCGCUUUGCCGAGUUUCCCAGCUUUCAUAGUCCUCGGUUCCCCAUGCCCAGCCGCAAGAUGACCAUUCGCUGGUGUCGCGACCUCAAGUACAUGAAUCGAGAUCUUCCAAACUACACAGACUACAGGGCCGACUUCUACACAGCACUGCCCAGCGAUGUGAGUACCAGCCUGCAGGCCGCCUCGCCCACGCUGACGGCCUUGGCCAGUUUCCCAGGCAGUGGCAACACCUGGCUAAGGUAUCUGCUGCAGCAGGCUACGGGAGUGCUGACGGGCAGCAUCUACAAAGACUACGGACUGCUCAAGACGGGCUUCCCCGCGGAGAACGUGUGCAACAGCUCAGUAUUAUUGGUGAAGACGCACGAAUGGGGCGGCAAGGCCUGGGCCCCAUUCGCCAAAGCAAUCCUCCUGGUGCGGGAUCCCGAGAAGGCGAUCAUAGCCGAGUUCAAUCGCCAGAGCGGAGGACACAUCGGCUUCGCCUCACCUGAUCGCUACAAGCGCACAAAGGGUAAAUAUUGGCAGCAAUUCGUGAGCAAUAAGCUCAAGGGCUGGGAGCUAAUGAAUCUCAGCUGGGCGCGCAAUUUUACGGGCAGUAUUAAAGUCGUAUUCUACGACGACCUAGUGCACCACACGGAGCGCGAGCUGCGGGCCAUCCUCGACUUCCUGCAGUUCCCCAUCGACGAGACACUGUUGCGGUGCGCCAUUCUGCGCAAGGAAGGGAUCUUCAGGCGAAAGAAACGCCUGCUCUCCUUCGAUCCUUACACAGAGGCGAUGCGGGCCGAGGUUCAGGCCCGGAAACGCAUCGUCUACGGCCUGCUAGGCCGAAAGGAGCACUAGAUUAUUAGAACUAAAGCUAUGUGAUUAUCAUCUUUUGGAUGAUUCUAAGAGAAGAUUUUGUGCAACGAGAUAAGCAAAUCAAAGCAAUGCAAAUCGUACCACCAAAUGACGCACAGACCAACCGGAAUUGGAGCACAAAUCCCACACACGCCGCCUAACUGCCUAACUGCAUACAUAGGCGACUGCAAUGCACAUCACAUCACAUCACAAAAUAAUAACACUUGACAUAGGACCAUAGAUCUCACUGGAAUCUGGAAUAGCUAGAAUACUAAGUAGGCUUACGCUACCC